UCUCUCACACUUUCUAACUGGCCAUUUCACGACAUCCAGACAGCACAUCGGGCCGUACGCAGCAGCAGAAGCAGCUUCGCCCUCAGGGCUUUUUUUUUCUCCCUGACGUCGACCAUAACUCACAAUUUGGAUUCAAAGCGCGGAUGGGGGCAAUUACUGGACUUAAUGUCUCCUUUCCGAUCGACCGAUAGUCAAAUGAGUUAAGCAAUGGCUGCAGAGAUUUGAGACCCCCCCCCCACCCACCCCCGGGUGCGAGAAGUGUCUUUUUAAAUAAAUCCCAACUAAAAAAAAAAAAAACUUUCAUUUCACCGAGAAGAAGAUCGGUGGACAUCAUGCACAGAUUUGCGGAUUUAAUACUCAGAAAGCCACUGAGUGCGUUUGAUUUCGGAUUACAGUGACACACAGGACGAGGUUUUUUUUUUCUGAAGGGGGAGAUUUUUUAGGAGUCUGCUCUCUCUCUCUCUCUCGCUCCUGUUCGCUGUCCUUCGGGUUCCUGCAAGACUCCCAGAGUCGUGGAGAGCCCAUGCAGUCGCCAAGGGAGAGGAGUGCAGAGCGACCCCGAGCUGGAUGGACGGUUAUGGGGAAAAGAGGAAGAGCCUCGGCGCUUGACGUGUGCAGAGUCCUCGCGGUGUUUCUCUCGCUCUUCCCCUGCGUGAGCCUGCAGUGCAAGAUCCUCAAGUGUAACUCCGAAUUUUGGGCCUCCACCUCAAACUCUGGCCCCGAGGAGGAGUUUUGCACAGCACUGCGAGCGUACAACGGCUGUGUACGCCGGACUGCGCGGACCUGCAGGGGGGACCUGGCGUACCACUCCGCCCAGCAUGGCAUAGAGGAUCUAAUGAGCCAACACAACUGCUCCAAGGAGGGGCCGACGUCCCAACCACACGCCCGCACCCCUCUUCCUCCUCCACCUCCGCCGCUGCUGCCCGACAGCCAGGAGCGCUCGGACGGGCCAGAAGUGUGCCACUAUGAGCGCAGUCUUCACCGCAACACCGCGCCGCCCAACUACACCCACUGUGGCUUCUUUGGAGAUCCACACCUCCGAACAUUUAGUGAUGACUUCCAGACAUGUAAGGUGGAAGGAGCCUGGCCGCUCAUCCACAACAAAUACCUGUCUGUCCAGGUGACCAACACUCCUGUGGUGCCAGGGUCUUUGGCCACCGCCACGAGCAAGCUGACAAUCAUCUUUAAGAAUUUCCAGGAGUGCGUGGACCAGAAGAUGUACCACGCGGAGACGGAUGAGCUGCCGGCUGCAUUUGCAGAUGGCUCCAAGAACGGAGGGGAUCGGCACGGAGCGAACACUCUGCGCGUGGUGGAGAAGGUUCCCGGGCAGCACGUGGAGAUUCAGGCCAGGUACAUCGGAACAACCAUAGUGGUCCGGCAGGUGGGCCGCUACCUGACCUUUGCCGUGCGGAUGCCGGAGGAAGUUGUGAACUCGGUGGAGGAAGGCGACGACCAGGACCUGUACCUGUGUCUCCACGGCUGCCCCGCCAACCAGCGCAUCGACUUCAGGAGCUUCAAGGUCCGUGCGGCGGAAGCCCACAGCGUGGGCAAGAUCAGGGGCGGCACCGCGGCGCACGGAUUUACCUACCAGUCGGCCAAGGCCAAAUGCAAAGAGCGGCUCCCGGUGGAGGACCUGUACUUUCAGUCGUGCGUGUUUGACCUCCUCUCCUCUGGAGACAUCAACUUCACCAUGGCCGCCUACUACGCCUUUGAGGAUGUAAAAAUGCUCCACUCCAACAGCAAGAGAUACCACAUCUUUGAAAAGGACGCGUUUAUGAGUAAUGCCGGCCCGAGGGGCAAAGGUUUCCUCUCACUCCUCUUGCUCAACAUCCUUGCUGUCUUACUGUGGGUUGAAUGUUGCACAGUUCAUCUAUAGUUGCGUCACAGCAGUAUCCUCGUGUUGUAUCUGUCAGUGAGUGUUAGAGUACCGUCGCUGUGUCGUGCAUUGGCUCCUCUCGUCUGCUCUGGUCCUGAGACUUGACUGGUGGCUUGCCAGUAGAGUCCUCCCAGGCCCGAGCCUCAUUUUAGUAGGAUUGUCAUGUCUCGACUUCAGUCUAAUGACAAGUAGAGGUCGCCGUGCUCCCACCUAUCAUCACGUGUGUUUAGCUGGUUCAUAGGACCGGUCUUUGAUGAGAGCAGCGGUGAGAGAGCCCAGCUACUCCAGAGCUCAGGAUAUCCACCUGGGAUUAAAUCCCACAUUCUCACCGGGCCCGCAUGCCUAUGGGAAGCCGGACAAGAUGAUCUUUUGCAGAAAGAAGAGUUUGCUGAUCCUCCCUCUCCUGAUCCGCUCAUUGGUGCCGAGCCAGUGGCUCAUGUGGCGACGCGAGAGGACCUGACAGGGGCUUUUGUUAACCUAAGGCCAGAAGCAGCUCUAUGUUUGAUUAGUUUCCAGCUUUGGAAAAGCCGGAGCCUUUUUGGAGGAAGCACUCAGCCAAAAGGAUGUCAGGGCAGUGUCUCCAGUUGUCUGCUGUGGAGAUUAAUGGGUAAUAUUGUAAUACAAUUUUGUGUGUGUGUGUGCGUGUGUGUGUGUGUGUGCAUUAGUCAAAUAUGUGUGCAGAACUCAGCAUCUGUGGUUAAUUUUGUGUGUUUGUGGGUCUCCAGGAGAAAUCUUUCCCAAGUGUGUGGAACCCCAAAAUUUCAGAAAUAGAAAAGAUGAGGCGCUCCACGAUCUGUCAAUAUGACCUCUUAUCUGCCAAGUAGCAAAUCCCAAAAGGGAAAUGAUUUAAAAAAAAAAAAAAAAAAGAAAAAGAAAAGUCUCUUUUCAGCAUCAUACAGACCUUUUACUCCAUUGUUUGGGCUGACAUGUUGAUCAGUGUUUUGUAUUUUACGUCUGUAAUGUGAAUGUAGCGAACAAGAAAAGCAAAAGAACAACCGUAGUUCAGGGCACUCCUAGCGUUUACAGAAUGUAGAUCGACCUGUCGAACUUAAACGCCUCUUAGGUAGCAUUUUGUGACUUGAACUCUCCAUUUCAAGCCUGUGGUGUAGAUACUGUUAGUACUAGCUGUAAAGACGUCAGUUUAGCAUUUUAUAGACGACCAGUGUGCUGAGCUGACCGUGGCUUUGUGCGUAAACGAUAAGCACAUGUCGGUAGACGUGAUUUCAUGGCUUCAGUCAUUGCCAAAGAACAAGCCCUCGUGCCAACAUUUCCCUCCCAACAACUGAAUUUUCCAUCUUUCAGUCUUAACAAUUCACAUUUGGGGGAUUCUUAAUUGUAUAUAGCUUGUGUUUGUUGGUGAAUAAUGCAUUACAGUAACACACUGUAAAAGCAGCAUUGGUUUUCCUUUUAGCAAGUCGCACCUUUGCUUUUCUUGUGUUUUCAUGCGAACACUUUCCAUUUUGAACUUUGGCGCUCAGCUGCAAUAUCUGGAAAUGUGCAAGUCCUCCACGUAGAUAGUUACUACUCUGGCACAGUUCUACGGUCAUUUAUCCUUUACACUGAAGUAUUUGGCAGGCUUUACUACUGCUAUUUGGAACAUGUAAUGGUGCAGUUUGACAACAACAAAACAAAAAAAAAAGUCACGCAAACAAAUGAUUGUAAUGUUGAAUCUUGUGUUAAUAGAUGUAAUUUGUGUUGUGAGUUUUACAGUAUAUGGUUCUACAUUUGAAAUGUGAGGUUGUACAUAUGCUUUGUGAGUUUAAAUUUGUAUAUUACCAGUUGUGUUUUGAAUGUAUCACUCCUGUUUUUGUAAAUCAGAUGUUUUGGUGAAUGUGAACUUUUUUUUUUUUUUUUUGAAAAGGGAUUUCUUACAAAAACAUGAACACCACAGAACAAGAUCUUCUUUACUAUAUACAGUACUGAGGAAGUGAUCAAAUGCUGGUUGUCAUCACUUUAUCUAAAACAUGCUGAAUGCAGUCCACAUCAUCUAGAAACAUGUUCUGGGGUGUUCGUGUUUUUGAGUUUAAAGCACUUUAUGUUUUCUCUUCCAUUUAGCUCUUAUUGUUUGAAUUUCUGUGUCAGACUUGUAGAUGGCAGAAAAGAGUUUUAAAAAAUAGCUGAAUGGGAAAUGCCAGAAAGAUCAAACUGUUUGUAAAGCAAAUGCGGUGCCACACGCCAGCUGUUUAUAAUGUAAAUUAUUUAUUGAAUAAAAGAAAAUGUCUUGUU